AUGGAGACAUCGACAAUAGUCCAGCCACCGUUCCCACCCCGCUUUGACUCUAUGGACGCGACGAGCCUCCGUCCAGUUGCCGCCACUCCUCCAGAUCCAGAUUCUAUUCCUAUUGCUCCUCCAAAGGGAAGUCCACGACCUCCUACUGGUCAACUAUUGCCAGACGUCGCUGCAGCAGAGGACCCGUCGUCACCAAACAAGUUGCAGACUCCGCCCCCUUCCACCCCUUCCCCGCCCACUCUGACUCAUGGAGAGACUAUAAACUCAGAGGUUGCACUCGAUACUCCACAAAACAUGCAUCCAGAGGCUAGUAUAGCAGCAUUUGGACGACCAGACACGCCAAUCGAACCAUCGCCACUCCCUCCCGCGAUUAGCCAAGUUCAAGAAGCUGCGCCGGUGGAAUCAAAACCUAUGAUUCCCAUACCCGCUCCAGGGCCUGCGUUUGGUUCUCCUUCGACCUUUGAGCAAGAGCAAGCACCCAUCAGUGCCCCUCAGCCUGCACCGGCCAUCGAGGAUAAGCACGAACCAGCUCCAGCACCCAUCCCAGCCCCCCAGACGGCUCCAGUUGCUCAAGACCCAACGCUGGUGGCAGCUCCAAUCUCAGCCACUCCGCCUCCGCAGUCUCUGCAGCAACAACCAAUGGAUCUCGCCUCUCCGCCUAACCCCAUCUUCCACCAAACCGAGCCAUACAAAUCGGAAACGGAUGGAGAUGUUGUGAUGGGUGAGUCGCAUCACUUUGGUCAGGAUGCGACGAUGCUCGGCAACGGUGACUUUGGUCAUGAGCUCUAUCCAGACCUCGAUGCGCACACUGGAUUCGACGACGUAGCGAACCAGUACUCUAGCCUUCCAUUGGAUCAUGAUGAUCACAUUGAUGGCCCUCCCAUGAAGAGACAAAAACUCGAUUCUCCUGCUCCUGGUAACUUGUCAGAGGACAUGACGAGCGCAGGUCUCCAGCUCGAAUCUCCUGUAGCCCCCGUCGCGCCUUGGGCAAGGCCAAUGACCCAGCCGCAGAACAAGUUUGCUCUCUCCAUUGUUCGUACACUCCGCAAAUCCAAGGACGCGAUACCUUUUCUUGUUCCCGUCGACCCGGUCGCACUCAACAUCCCUCAUUACCCCCAAAUCAUCACCAACCCAAUGGACCUUUCGACCGUGGAGAAAAAGCUUGGUGGUGCAAAAAUGGAUACGGCUCAGUACGCUCGAUACGCCAACGUCGAUGAAUUUGUGGCGGACAUUAAGCUCAUCAUUGAAAACUGCGCCAAGUUCAAUGGACCGGAACACCCAGUGACGCAAAUGGCCCUCCGUAUGGAAGAGCAAUUCGACAAAUUGAUGAAGAACAUGCCCACGGCCGACGAGGUCAAACCGCCCGCAAAACCAAUCGCCCGUAAGCCGGCGCCUGCUCGACGACCCUCGACUGCCGGAGGUGGGUUCCCUCGACGGGACGACUCUUACGUGAUUGCGCGCCCGAAGCGCGAGGUUCCUCCCCCUCGGGAGCAAUACCCUGUGGCACCCAACCGUCCCGUUGUCAAAAAGCGGUUCCCAAAGCGCGACGAUGGUACACUGGAGCAGCUUCGGUUCUGCACUAAGCUUAUUAACGAUCUCUAUCGUCCCAAGUAUUCGUCUUUCGCCUAUCCGUUCUAUGAACCCGUGGACUAUAUCAAGCUAGAGAUCCCCCAUUAUCCAAAGGUGAUCAAGAAACCGAUGGAUAUGGCCACAAUGUCCUCCAAGCUCAGUAACCACGAGUAUCCCAAUGCAACCGCGUUUUACAACGACUUCAAGCUAAUGAUCAAGAACUGCUUUGCCUUCAACCCUGCUGGCACACCUGUUCACCAAGCUGGUGUCGAGUUGAACGCGGUCUUUGAUGAAAAGUGGCAAGGACUUCCAAACCCGUACGGGGAUAGUGAUGAUGGUGCCGAAGAGGACGAGAGCGACGCAGAACGGAGCAAUGCGGUCAUGAUGAUGGAAGCACAGAUUCAAUCUCUCCAUAGUGCGCUCGAACAAUUGAAAAAGCCAAAGAAGGAAAAGAAGCCAAAGAACAUGGGAAUGCCGUCGAUGCCCAAACCGCCAAAGGCUCCGAGCAACAAGCCCCCUGGAGCGGGCGGAUUCAAGAAGAAGAAAAAGCCAACCGAGGACGAAGAUACGUUAUCGUUUGAGCAGAAGAAACAACUCAGCGAGACAAUCCAGACGUUGGAUGGGAAUCGUCUAGAAAAGGUGCUUGAGAUUAUCGACGAGGUCUACCCCGAGAUUCGUGAGACCUCGGAGGAGAUUGAGCUCGAUAUCGACUCGUUACCCUCUCAUGUGCUCAACCGACUCUACAACUUUGUCAUCCGUCCCAAUAAACCGCGCGUCGGACGACCUCCUAAUGGCUCCUCUUCCUCGAAGGCUCUCGGUGUGGUCGGACAGGUUGCUGGCACGAAGCGGAAGAGUAUGAACGAGGAAGAAGAGUCGGAGAAGAUUCGCCAGCUUGAGGCGACGCUCCAACGACUCAAAAAUGGACAGGCGACCGCGGAAGAUGUGAUGACGGCCAGCCAGAUGAAUGGAAUGACCACUGGUGGCGGAGGAGACGAGAGUGGGAGUGAGAGUGACUCUUCUGAUUCGAGUGGCAGCGACUCGGAGUGA